CAUCCAAUCAGAGCAGCUAGUAGCUCUGAUAAACCUCUAGGACCUCUGCUGCCCAUCAGUCUGUCACUGCGACCCGGACCGACAUGCUGAGGCUGCUGCUCCUGCUGCUGUCCACGUGGACGGGCUCAGCGAUGGUCAGGGUUCCCUUGAGGCGGGUUCCCUCCAUCCGUGCUCAGCUGAGAACUCAGGGUCUGCUGGAGAACUUCCUGAAGGACCACAGGCCGGACAUGUUUAACCGCCGCUACGCUCAGUGCUUCCCACCCGGAACGCCGUCCCUCCGACUCAGACGCUCCAGUGAGAAGAUCUACAACUUCAUGGAUGCUCAGUAUUACGGUGAAAUCAGCGUGGGGACUCCGCCGCAGAACUUCUCUGUGAUUUUUGACACCGGAUCGGCCGACCUCUGGGUCCCGUCAUCGUACUGCGUCAGCCAGGCCUGUGCAUUGCACCGACGUUUCAAGGCCUUCGAAUCCACAACUUUCCACCAUGACGGACGGAUAUUUGGGAUCCACUACGGAUCGGGACACCUGAUGGGAGUAAUGGGUAGAGACACAGUGCAGAUCGGGGAAAUGACCAUCUUGAACCAAGAGUUUGGCGAAUCCGUGUACGAACCAGGUUCUGCUUUUGUGACGGCAAAGUUUGAUGGCGUUCUGGGACUGGCCUACCAAUCGUUGGCAGAGAUCAUGGGAAAUCCCGUCUUUGACAACAUGCUGGCUCAGAAGAUAGUGGACCAGCCGGUAUUCUCCUUCUACCUCAGCAGGAGAACAAGGACCAGCAAUCCAGAAGGAGAACUGCUGCUGGGAGGAAUAGAUGAAGCGAUGUACAACAGACCAAUCAACUGGCUGCCUGUCACCGCAAAAGGAUACUGGCAGAUUAAGAUGGAAAGCGUGGCGGUGCAAGGCGUGAGCUCCUUCUGUAGCCGUGGAUGUCAUGCCAUCAUUGAUACUGGAACCUCCCUAAUUGGGGGACCGACCAAUGAGAUCCUGAGUCUGCAGCAGCUGCUUGGAGCCACGCCCACAAAUGUCGGAGAGUUUCUCAUCGAUUGUGCCCGAUUGUCCAGUUUGCCUCAAGUCACAUUCAUCCUGGGUGGGAAGGAAUACACGCUGACAGCAGAGCAUUAUGUUAGGAGGGAGGCGUAUGGCAACAAGGAUCUGUGUUUCAGCGGCUUCGAGGCCAUUGACAUCAUUUCCCCUGAAGGCCCGCUGUGGAUUCUGGGAGAUGUAUUUCUGACUGAGUACUACAGCAUCUUCGACAGAGGACUGGACCGGAUCGGGCUUGCACAUGCCAGACACCCCACCGAAUGAUGAGUACUUCCACUGGCACGAGGAGAUAAUAACUUUUUCUGUGCCUCUUCAUGAAACAGGCUGAAGUUUUAUUUUUAAGAUAAAUCUGGACAUUUAUCUUUUAUGUUAAAGUUUCCUAAACAACCAAUAUUCACACUACAGCUGUGAGGUUUGCUCCCCUUUCCACUCAGUCACAAUAAUGAGGACUGCAGUCUUGCCUUUGACCACUAGAUGGCGACCAUGAAGAUGACAUUUUGGGCUGUUGGCGGCUAAUUUAGCUUCCAUCUUGUCAUCUAAUGUGUAUUUAGAUUAAAAACCAUAAACCUG